GUUUGACAGCAUAAUACUCUAAAAUCUAUUUGAUUUUCGCAGAAACGGCUCUGGCCAAUGUAUUAUCAGUAAAAAAACGAAGCGUGUUUAUUUUUCUCAUUAGUGUCGCUGGGUUUUCAUUGGGUGGCUGAUGAGAGGCAGUCAGCUGAGGUUUGGAUGUGCAGAUCAGCUCAGAGUUGAAGAUGCAAACCUCUAAGAGUAUUCGUUUGGAUGAUUUUAUUGCAGGAUGGAUCGGUGGAGCUUCCAGUGUGGUUGUGGGCCACCCACUGGACACAGUGAAGACACGGCUCCAGGCAGGAAAAGGCUACAAGAACACAUUACACUGCAUCCUCACCAUCUACAAGAAGGAAACGGCCAUGGGGUUCUUUAAAGGCAUGUCUUUCCCACUGGCCAGCAUCGCUGUAUACAACUCAGUGGUGUUUGGCUUUUUCAGUAACACUCAGAGACUCAUAAGCAAGUAUCGCUAUGGUGACGGGUGGCAUCCCUGUGGCAUGCUGGACCUGAUUGUGGCCAGUAUGCUGACUGGACUGGUGUCAGUGGGCCUGGGAGCCCCAGUGGAUCUGGUGAAGAUUAGAUUGCAAAUGCAGAGGCAGACGGUUCAAGCAGAGAACUUGCACCUUGCUGGCAAUGUAUCAAAUAGCACCAGCAUCCCUCUGCGUUCUGUCGACAUUCCCAGCCAGAGACUCUAUCGAGGCCCCAUCCACUGCAUCAGCUGUAUCCUGCAAACCGAAGGGCUCCCAGGCCUGUACAGGGGGGCCUGGGCCAUGAUCCUGAGGGAUGUCCCCGGAUACGCUCUCUACUUCAUCCCUUACACCAUCUUCUGUGACCUGCUGAAGCCAGACGCCACAUCAAGCCCUCAUCCCUGUUCCAUCUGCCUCGCUGGAGGAUUGGCAGGGUCCAUCUCCUGGGUCACUGCCACACCAACUGAUGUGGUGAAGAGUCGAAUGCAGGCUGACACUCAAGUGCAGAGGAAGUACAGAGGGGUCUUACACUGUAUCAUCCAUAGCUACAAGACAGAGGGGGUACAGGUGUUCUUCCGUGGAGUGUCAGUCAAUGCCAUUCGAGGCUUCCCCAUGGCGGCCACCAUGUUCCUGACGUAUGAGCUCUCACUGAAGUUCUUCCGGAACCUCUAGGACAAAGACAAAAUUUGCUGGUAAAGGAAUCACAUCAAGCACACAGGCCCCAGUUUCUUGAAGACGACAUUGGUAGCUGUCUGUCAGCUGCUUAGCACAUGCUAACUUGCACUUUUGAACAACUAACUCUGCAAUGAAGUGACUUUAAGCUCUAACAUAUGGCCACUACUGAUCUCAAUGUCACACAAAGAUUGGUUAAUAAGAGAUGUUUUCAACUAGUACUUUACCUUCUGAGUUAGGACACCAGUCAUCUGUGUGUUCCUGGGCUGAGUUAGUGGCUGCACACACAGUUCAGGCUGAAGGUGUUUGGAUGGUUUAACACGAGUUCUUCUCUAGGAUACGUGCCUCAGCACAUUCAGUUUGAAGUCAAAUAAUGGAUAUUGUAUUAAAGUGCCAUGUCUCAGCUUUAGUUUGAGCAGGUCAACACAGAGCGAUCUGUGUGAGAUUUAGCCCAUAGUGCCCACAUUGUAAAGGUUCAAAAGUAAUUUGACACUUUGAUGUUAAAUGUUUUUGGGCAGCUUUGUGUUUUAUUAGUUCAUGCACUAGAGAGUUCACAUUUGGCUCAGAGUUGAGCUGCCAUUUAGACAGAGUUGGAGUUGUCUGUCAAUAUACUGGUGAAGAUAGUAAUGAGGGGGAUCACAAUUGAAAAUACAUUCAAUUAAUCAUGCAGCCCAAGUCCACAGUGCAGCUUUUUCCAGCUUGUGGACCUUUUAUCCUGGCUGACCACUUUGUGAACUGACGAGAAGCUACACAUUACCUUCAUAUCCAGACCAGACAAAGACAGCCUACAACUGGUGCAGGUCACUACCAAGAUUGUUAUGGAAAAAAGCACCUUUACAUCUACUGCUAGAACCAUUAGCAUUGUGACUAAGGUGGCACCGUUUUAUACAGCGUUCCCUGGGAGUUUCUAUACCAACCAGUGCAAGGAAUCCAUUAUUCUGUCUUAAUGUGAUAUCCACUGUUUUAUGUCAAACUGAAUGUUUGAAAGCAGCGACUUAAGAAAAACAGAAUGUGUAAGUAUCCAGACACCUGAACAGUCUGGCCUGUAUCUAAAAUUUCAGCUAGUUGUGAGCAGAAAGGGGAAGGUGGGAGACAGUCCUAAAGUAGACUCAGUCCACACACAUGGCUGUAUCAUUAACUGCUGCCAUAGCAUGCUACCAUUUGCUGAGAGAUGGUUCACUAAUUCAGAAGUAACAAAUGAAAAAAGCAAAUUCUAGACAAAGGAAGUCUUCCACAUUGUAGCUGCUAUGAGAUCAAGGCUUUGGCUUACACGCCUCUAAACUUGGUAAGCAAAUUAUUUUUUUUGUUUCCUGAAAAUGUGUGCUGAAGAGUAAAAUCAACAGCCAUCUUCCUGGUAGUUGUAACACAACUGCUAAAUAAAUCCUGACAUAGUAAAUGUUGAUGUGGCUAACUAAGCAUCCUCAUGAUUGUAGUGGAUGAGUUAAACAUUUCUUUGAUGCAAAUUUACCAAAGAGCACUGUGUGUUCCUUUAAGUUAGUUUGGUAAGUGUGUAACAGAACUUUACCUGGGCAACGAGACUCGACCUACAUACCUGCAGCUUUUCCAUGGAAGAGGCCAUUAUUCUUCUGUGUGAGCCUGAGACAAAGAAAUACACAAUAAUUUAGUAUCACUACACAGUGCUAAACAUUAGCAUAGUUGGGCCAGACGUUCUGUGGACCUUUAGGUUAAAACCUGGUGAGAAUGAGCUGGACAUCAAUGACAAAAUUUGAACAUGUAAUAAAGACAAAACACCUUUGAAAUACAGACAUUUAAAUGCUUCAAUUACAUACAACUGUAUUUAUCGGGGGCGUCUGCCAGAGGUAUAAAUAAGGAAGCCAACAAAUCACCGGAAUACGCCUCAGGUGUGCGCACCGAC